GUCGGACGGAGCUAGGCAUGCCUGCUCGCCGACAUGAUACCCGGCUUCAUCACGCCGCUACUCUGUCGGCUCUUUUUAAUGUACAAAGGCGACGCACCGGUGAACUUCGCGCUGUUCCCCUCGGGCACGUGCCUGCUGUGCUGCCCCGUCAAUCUCGACCGCGACAUACUUUACCAGCUGUACACCAGGCGAAACCCGACGAUACCGCAAACCAUACAGCCCGGCAACCCGUGCAGCCUUAGGAGAAGCAACUUCAACGCCAGCCAUCCGACUGUCGUCUACAUUCACGGGUACAGCGAGCGCUCGCCCGGCCUCAGCGGGACUACCGUCAGAAAUGCCUAUCUGUUCCGUAACAACUUUAACGUCAUCCUCGUGGACUGGAGUAAAAUGGCUACGAUGCCGUGGUACGUCAAAGCCGUGUGGAACACGAGAAUCGUCGGACCUCACAUCGCUCAAACGAUGAGGUGGUUGGAGUCUCUCGGUGCGUUCGAUUUGCGACGGCUGCACGUUGUUGGAUUUAGUCUUGGCGCCGAAGUGGCUGGGUUCAUGGGCAAAGCGCUGUUUCCUCAAAGGGUAGGUCGGAUAACAGGAUUAGACGCCGCGUAUCCCCUGUACAUGGACACGGGAAUGGAGGGUCACCUGACAGCGAACGACGCCAACUUCGUCGACGUCAUUCACACGGACGGCGGCAGACUUGGCUUCCCCGUGCCACUCGGCCACGCGGACUUUUAUCCCAACGGCGGCCGAGGCCGUCAGCCUGGUUGCGAUCUUCCCAACAUUCUCAUGAUGGGCGUCAACAGUCUCCUCAAUAGAAUUAUAACAUGCAGUCACCAGCGCGCCUGGCGUUUCUACGCGGAAUCAGUGACAAACCCAUUGGGCUUCCCGGCGAGCCGCUGCCCCAAGUGGCGACCAGAAAUGCGAACGCCCUGCCAGUGGCGACCCGAGACACUCAUGGGCUACGCGGCAAAUCCGCGUAGACGAGGACUCUUUUACUUGAGAACCAACGCGAAUGCGCCUUUCGCGACGAACAUUACCGGUUAUUGUUGAUUCGAUGCAUGAGUGUACUUGCAUGUGAAAAAAUUUAGUUAAUUUAUUCGUCUAUAAUUUAGCACGAACUUUCGCAUUUUUUUUACUUUUGUAUUGAUUAAAUUUUUUUCUUAAUGUUACGAGUGAUUCUUGUCGCUAAGUGUGGAAUAGGACAAUAGAACAAUUCAUUUUACAGUUGUCGUUGUGAAAAACCAAGUCAACUUUGGAAAAAAAAAAUAGUUCUUCAAUUAUUAAAAACACAUUCGUCCGCGCAAAGAAAAUGUACAGAUGUCAAAUUCAAUUUGCGAAUUUCUAUGAAAAGUUUGUUAACUUGAAUGAAAAAAGAGACAAACAUCACUUUACUAAUAUAUCAAUAAAACAGCCGUUACCAUAAUCAUUUGAAUGUGCUCGUAUUAAAAAAAUUACUCGACCGUUUCACGCCUAAAAGAAGAUGAAUCUCUUUGUUCGCGUCUUUUUCGCGAGAGAAAGUAGAGCGAAGUCAGUAGACACUUUCUACGUCAAACGGACGAUGAAAAUGUCGAUUUGCAAAAAAAAAAAAAGAAGAUCGACAGUGAAUCUCCCAGCGGAGCUAAAAGAGUUUUGCUGAUUCUUGUUGUCUGUAGAGAAACGUAGUUUGCGGAAUGUAAAGAUAGUGCAAGUUUGUAACUUUUAUAUCACGUGACUGAACGUUCGUUGUAACUAUAGCGCUGGUGUUUCUUAUUAUAGAGAAGCAAACUUCUGCAAUGAUGCAACCGUGCGCUAU